AUGUCCGGCUCGGGCCGCCCAACUUACAGGACAAUUGAGGUUGAAGCCGGGGUUCUUCCCCCGCCGGCCACGCGGCUCGUCGUAACUCAGCACUUCCGGGCCUCCCAAGAUCCCCCCUUCUGGGCCUGGAUCAUCGUGGGGGCUUUCUUCGACGAGGAAGACAACAUCAUCUGGAGCACAGAGGUAUUUGCGGGUCACCUCGACAUUCAAGUGGAGUCGGACGACGAGAGUGACAGCGACGAGAGCAGCGCGUCAGAGACCCAGGUUGGACAGGACAAUAGGGAGGGCCCCUAUUCAGCGUCAGCCGUUUAUUCUCCUGAUCCUGAAGUUUUUGAUUACUACGCUCACGAAUCUUACGACGACGACGACGACGACCUGUAUCAUCAACAGCGAUACACGAUCCAGCAGGACUUCGACCACUUCUCGAUAAACUCUUCCCUCACCCCCCCUUUGGCUUGGGAUCCGACUCGUCAAGGGCCUGUCCCAGGAUACUGGCAAGCUUCGUAUAACCCAGCCCUCCGCCGUUGGGUUCAUACCUGGCAGCCCUUUUGUUAA